UGUCAUCAUAAGAGAUAUUCUGGCGGCGAAUCCGCGAAUCCAUCUCAUCAGUCCUUCCCCGCAUUGCGCCAACGAAAUUUGUUACCUAAGAAAUCGGUGUUUUGACUAACAGAAAAGCCCAUCCGGGUCGGCUGGGACCUAAUUUGCAGCCUCUGCAGCCUUUACAGCCUUUGGUGAAACCUGGUCGCCCUGGUGGUGCCCAGCAACUUAAGGAAGUUAUUAGGAAGGACGGUUCGCAGCCGCGCCGUUGUCGUACUGGGCAAGGAAGGAACAAGAGCCAUUGCGCUAUUGAGUCUACAUCUUGCAUCUAUCGCCUGUAUCGCCCGUAUCGCCUGUGCAACUUGAGACUACUGCUACCCUGGCUCAUCUUCCGAUAAUGGAUCGGACAACCCUCUCUCAUGUCGUUGGACGCUCAAUCCACCAACGCAUUACCAGUACCAGCAAACUUAAACAGAGCCCUACUCCCAGCAUCUCUGACAACAUGGACCAAUCUGGUAACUCAACUCCUCCGGACAAGUCUACUCGCUCAUCUUUCUCUUCCGUCCGAGAGAUCGAUUCAUCAGACCUAGCCCAGAAUUUUACCAGUACCAAAGUAUCAUCUUACUCCAAGUUAUCUGAGGAGGCUGUCGACGACUUACCAUCGCCCCCGGAAAUGGCCACACAGACCCAAUUCAUUCCACCUAUUACACAACCCUCGAGCAGAUUGCACGGUUGCUGGUUUCCUGCUGUCGCCGCAGAAGGCUUUCAGGGCUGGAAGCAGAUAGGUGUAAGAGGGAGACAGGCGAGCAAGAGUUACGGUGAUUUGCAAGCCUUAAAGAUAGUUUGGUCGGCUCCAGUUCUUCCGCCCAAGGAGAAGGAUCCUGAAAGGCCAGCUCCAGGACAGUCAGCCAUCGAAAAGCUCCCCGCAGAAUUGCUAGGCCAAAUCAUUGAUCACCUUGUCCUCGAUGUUCCUCCGAACGGAGUCUCCGCCCGAAAUGUGGAUUUGAUGUCAUUGUUGCUUACAUCAAGGACACUCCACUCGGCAACGCUAAACGCACUCUAUAAGAACAUCACGAUCCCACACUCGAGGAUCUUCCGGAAGUUCUUAACCCACAUCUCGCAGAAUAAGGAACUCGGGACUAUAGUACGCCGCCUGGACUUCAGCCACUUCAACCCAACCACGCUUUUCACGACGGCAAGCGAGCGAGCUACUACCCGCAACCUUACCCCCGAAACAUUAAUGCAAUGCUUGGAGUUGACCCCUUUCCUCCGUGAGUUCCUGGGACAGGAGUAUAUCGAGAAUGAGAUCGACGCAAAGGUUCUACGGAAGUUGUUCUUUGGUCUUGAUAGAUUACAGGGUGUCGAUUUCUGUGGUUGCUCGUCUACUGCUUUCAAGAAUGAGUUCCAGUCAAUCCUUCUAUCCGACUGGCCGGAAACACUCACCAUCUCUCGACUGUCUCUACACAGGUGUAUCACUUUACCCCCAUCCGUGUUUGAGACCUUGCUCCCAAGACUAGGCAAAUUGACCCAUCUAGAUCUUACGGGAACUCGCGUGACGAAUGAAGCUCUCCAGUCUAUUCCACACAGCGCAAAUAUCACGCAUCUGAACUUAUCCAAAUGCAGAUCGCUCACCGCCGACGUUGUCAUCGACUUCCUAACAAACCACCCAGCAGUGAAGGGGCUUGUCUUCUUGAGCCUUGGGGUGGACGCCCGAAGCCAUCAGAUGUUCGAAGAAGAUGAUUUAAGCAGGCUGAUCCCAGCUCUCCCCCAGAGCUUGCGUUCGUUGAGCUUAAAGGGCAGCAAGAUGAUUGAAUCACACAUUGAUCUGCUACGUCCGCUAACGAAGCAUUUGGAAGAGCUUGCGUUAGGUCGGCGGUUGAAGAUUCCAGAUAUUGAUCGAUUAUUCGUGCCCGACGAGGACGAUGGUGAAGAUCUAGACCAGCAACUAGAAUGGAUCCCACACACACUCAAGUACCUGGACCUUUCCGAUUACACGACAGCGGAGCUCGAUCUCAUCACGCUAUUUGGACGAAACACGUCGAUUAUGAAGAAGUAUUCCUCGCCGCUGGAGGUAAUCGAAGUAACGGAGGAAAUGUACGCCCGUCUGGCAAAGUCACCAGUCGUAAAGCAGCUGGGGUGGACAGUGAUGGAGAACGGAAGCAGAGCUUGGCUUGUCCGUAUUCACGACCCUGAGGACGGACCUCGUGAUUCCGGUCUCCGGUCUUGGAAGAUGGGUGCUUCGUUCUGGGGUAUGCGAAAAAUACCCAUCGCUUGUGCGGAAGUUGGCGGCAUGUACGGCUCUUAUAUGUUUAAGCGCAAGCUAUGAGAGGCGAUACGACCCUCAUCAUCCCCCCUCGACUCCCUUUACAUCUCCCCUCAGGAUGUCGCUCAUAACCAUCCCUUUUUUUUCUUUCA